AUGGCAGAAUAUUUAGCUGCUAUAUUUGGUACAGAAAAAGACAAAGUAAAUUGUUCCUUUUACUUUAAAAUUGGAGCAUGCCGACAUGGUGACCGCUGUUCUCGAAUUCACAACAAACCAACAUUUUCACAAACAGUACUGUUACAAAAUUUGUAUGUGAAUCCUCAGAAUUCUGCCAAAUCUGCUGACGGCAGUCACUUGGUUGUAGCUAAUGUGUCCGAUGAAGAGAUGCAGGAGCAUUACGAUAAUUUCUUUGAAGAUGUAUUUGUAGAGUGUGAAGAUAAAUACGGAGAAAUAGAAGAGAUGAAUGUAUGCGACAAUCUCGGUGACCAUUUAGUUGGGAAUGUUUAUAUUAAGUUCCGUCGAGAAGAGGAUGCAGAGAAAGCUGUGAACGAUUUGAACAACCGCUGGUUUGGCGGUCGGCCGGUGUAUGCGGAGCUCUCCCCAGUCACGGAUUUCCGUGAAGCCUGUUGCCGCCAGUACGAGAUGGGAGAGUGCACACGUAGUGGUUUCUGCAACUUCAUGCAUCUCAAACCUAUUUCUAGGGAACUUAGAAGAUACCUGUACUCGCGGCGUAAGGGCGGCGCACGUCGGUCUCGCAGUCGGUCCCGCGAGCGCAGGCGGCGAUCCCGCUCGCGCGAGCGCCGCCGCGAACCGCCGCGCAACUCGCGCUCCGGCCGCUACUGA